AUGACUUCUCUAAAGGCCAACUCGGGGAAUCAGGAGUUCCCUCAGGUGGACCCACAGACCAAGCUUAGGCUCCGGCCCAAGAAGGGGGUAAGUGAGGAGGUCUCCCCACCUGGGCUCCUACAAAGCAAAUCCACCGGUGGUAAAACACCCAGGAAGCAACUGGCUACAAAAGUCGCUCGCAAGAGUGUGCCCUCUACUGGAGGGGUGAAGAAACCUCAUCGUUUCAGGCCCGGUACUGGGGCACUCCGUGAAAUUAGACGUUACCAGAAGUCCACUGAACUUCCGAUUCGCAAACUUCCUUUCCAGCGUCUGCUGCGAGAAACUGUUCAGGAUUUCAAAACAGAUCUGCGCUUCCAGAGCUCAGCUAUUAGUGCUUUGCAGGAGGCAAGUGAGGCCUACGUGGUUGGCCUUUUUGAAGAUACCAACCUGUGUGCUAUCCAUGCCAAACGUGUCACAAUUACGCCAAAAGACAUCCAGCCAGCACGCCGCAUACGCGGAGAACGUGCUUGA